AUGGUAACAGCAACAUUUGGCAAGACUAAUGUAAAUGAUCCAAGUGUUAAAUUAUUUCAACCAUUAUCAAAAAAUUUUAUUCUCAAUCGUCUUUUGUCAAUUGCGCCAAAAGAAGCUGUUUUAGGAAGAAAAUCAAUUACAACAUUAUCAAAAACGAAUGGUCCAAGUACUCUUACAAAUACAUACGUGAUAUUAAAAUCCCUCAUUAUUCAACCUGAAGAAUUGAGAGAUGUAGUACCUGCAUAUGUUUCAAGUCAAGAUUUACUCUAUAUUAACUCAGUUCUGUAUGAAGCAGAAAUGAGAGAAUUAACAGAAAGCAAGGCAGAGAAAUCCGAAAUUAAUUUUCUACCCUUAAUGAAGAUACAUAAUAAUAAUGGUAAUAAUUCUGAUGAUGGUAAUGAUGAUGGUAGUAGUAAUUUAUCUAAAUGUUCUUCAAUACAAAUUCGAAGAAGCAUUUUGCCAGAAGAAGAUGUUUUUUGGAAGUACAACAGAAUUCAAAGUUGGAUUGAUGACUGUGAUAAUGAUGAUGAACAAAUGAUAUUCUUGUUUAACGAAACUGGUCAACAAUUAUCAACAAAUAAUUUAAAUGGUUUUAAUAUUUUUCAAAAUAUUUUAUCGAAUCCAGUGAAUUUAACACAAGAUGAAUUCAUUUCAUUAAUGACUCCACGUGGAAGUCAAUUAACAGAAGAAUUUCAAUCUGUUGGAGAUGUUAUUAAAACUAUUAAUAUAAAUGAUACAUGCAAACGGGUUAUCAAUUUAGGUCCAUCAUUAAAUGAAAAUUGGCCAAUACAAAUGCUUUGGGAAAGUUAUAUACAUAAUGGUUAUCAUCAUAUUAUUAUUAGUUCUAUUGUGAAAGUUCAUAACAAUACAACAAUACCAUUAUAUAUAUUAAAUAUGAACUCUACUGAUACAAAGCAACUUAAUAUAAUUUCCAAAAUUGAUGUCAAUGACGAAUGUUAUGUACCAAUUGCUGUACUUUAUCAACAUCCAAGUUUAUGCAUAUUUAUUGGUAUUCAUAUAGAAGAAAAUCAUGCAAAAAUAAACAAUUUCUUUUCCUUCGAAUGGGAUAAAGACUUUCCAAUGAAAAAAAAAGUUAUAUUACAAAACGGAAAAGAAAAAUAUUUUAUUAUUCAUAAAGAACAACAUGAAGUCUAUUCGGAAGAUACUGAUCUUAGUGGAACAGCUUUUACAUUUUUUAUUCAUUCAGCUGGUUAUGUAAAUGAUUAUUCAUGUGCUUGA